CAAAAGUGAAAGUAUUUCUCUUUGCGAAUGAAAGACGGCGCUGGUUUUGACAGGUUUAGAGCUGUUUCAUGGCUUUGAGUAAAAUAUAUGCUCGCAUUAAUCUAAACAUAGAAACCUUAUAAGUGACAUUAAGCCAAUUUAUUUGUUGUUAAGGUACAGCUCGGUGAUGUUAAAAAUCCUCGUUACCUCCACUUACAUCCUGUCGUUGAUAUAUGGGCUGCACGGGGCUGAUGUAGUUUUGUCCUGCUCUCUGAUCGAGGAGGGGGGCGGGAUGGGGGGCAUGAUGGGCGGGGCGAUGUUUCAGCGCACUCCAUCCACUCUCGUCUUCAGAGAUCUUGUUGGAAACGAUGGUUUGUCACCAGAGCUCGUGACCCCAUAUAACCCACCUGAAACACCCAGUGCUGAUGAUCUCAUCUUUGAGUUGAUGUUGCCAUCUAUUCAGAUUCCUGAUGCAGAUUCUCUUCUUCACAGCGAUUGUAAUGAACAGAAUAUAGCGUGUGAGAUCAGUCGGUAUGUUCCUCGCGGUGCUGAUCCAGAUUCUCUACCCGCUCAUUUCAUUGGCUCAGUUCAGCUGGAAGGGGCGGGUCUCAGUCUCACUCUGGUGCUACAAACCUCAAGCAUCGAGACAGCAGAUCCUCCACUAAUGCAGAGUAAACUCAACCUGGCCCUUAGCACAACAGGAACAUUACUGACGGAGGUUGUAUUUGUGGUGUUCUCGCGCGUACCAUCCAUCGUGGCUCCCAUAGGAGGAGACGCACUGUUAGACUGUGGCUUUAGACAGAAAGAUUCAACACCCGGGCAGGAUGUGGCACUCGAGUGGCGUCUACAGCACAGAGGAAAUGGGCGUAAAGUCCUUGAUUUGAAAGCGAGAGAGAUGGAGUCAGAAGUGGGAUCAGAUGUGUUGGUGGAGAGAGAGGAUACGAGUGCAGAAGCAGAUCUGCUGGUAAGGGACGGUAACGCAUCCCUGUCUCUAAGGAGGUUAAAGGUCUCGGAUGAAGGCACAUACAUCUGCACUGUUGGUUCUGGGGAGUUUCAGACGCAGCAGGUCGUCCAACUGCACAUUACACAGCCCCCUCACGUUACUCUUUCAGAAGAGAAACUAAAAUUUCAAGACAAUUCACCCAAAAAACUCGGCUGUGAAUGUCAGCGUUAUUAUCCUCUGGAUGUGACGGUGGAGUGGUUAUCCCAGCGUCCCUCUGACGAAGAGCCCGUAUCUUUCACAAAAGAAUCCUCUCUCUCCAGCCAUCGACAGCAUAGCGAUGGGACAUAUUCACUCUCAUCUUAUCUCACCCUACGACCUGAUGAACACCCGCCAGACACUGUUGUCACCUGCAGGGUCUUUCACUCCACCUCAGACAUACCCACUGAAGUCACACUGACUGUGGAGAAACCCGAACCAGAAAUGGCGUUUUGGACGAUUGUAUUAAUGUUAGUGAUAUCGGUGGUGUUUUUGUAUCAAGCUUUCAAAGGUACAGAGAGCUGAGCGUUAAUUUUGGAAGAAGGUUGGACAGGGGUCAUAUUUUGCCUACUUAUCUCAUCAGCAGUCUUCAAAUGGGUGUAAAUUUUUAAUGUAUUCAAUCACUGCACAUUUGUUCAAAGGAAGUCAAGAAAAGAUUUAUCACGUAACUUAUUCUAUACAUUUAAAAUACGUUCCCAAUUUUGUUGUAUUUGAUGUUUUAAUUGGUUAAGUGUUCCUUUUUUUAAUAAAAACACAAACAGACAAAAA